AUGCGGACGCGGAAAUGGCUCUGGCUUCUGCCCCUCUGGCUCUCCUGCAGCUAUGCCUUUAUGUUUUUUUCUCUGAGGGAGAAAGGCACAGAGCCCCAGAACAAGGCAUCUUGUGGGGAGCACUUCCGGAAGAGGCUGGACCUCGCUGAGCCCUCCCGAGGCUGGCUCAAGAGCACCUGGUUCUGGCUCCUGGUCCUUGUUGUGCUCUACGCGGUCCUGAAGCUGCGAGGAGAGGGGAAGAGAAGCGAGGGUCAGAAUCCUUCCGGCCUUCAGAGCUGUUCAUUUCGCUCUGCGCUCAGGAAAAGCCAUGGCGUUUCCCCCGCCCAGGAGUGUGUCUUCAACACCCUAAACCAGCUCGAGGUGGACCUUGUGAAAUUCGUGUCCCGAGUACGGAGCCUGAAAUUCGCCAUGUCAACGAGCAACAGUCUCAACCUGCAGAACAUAGACCUGCCCGUCAGCGCCCGCAAUAUUACCAUCUAUGAGAUCCACGAAGAGGACUCCGAGUGA